UUGACAUCUGUGGACGUGUAUCUGCCAUAUGCAAGGCCAUGGUCAUCCUUUGCAGCUCCCAGAGUUAUGGAGUGAGGGCCGGCAGCCAGCAGUGCAGCGAGGCGGGCGACAUCUGUGCUAUUUGUCAGGCAGACUUCAGAGAUCCCAUAGCCCUCCUUUGUCAGCACGUGUUCUGUGAGGAGUGCCUGUGUUUGUGGUUCGACCGGGAGAGAACGUGUCCGCUGUGUCGCUCGACUGUCAUUGAGACCCUGCGAUGCUGGAAGGACGGCACCACCUCAGCUCACUUCCAGAUCUAUUAAGCUAUGACAGCGUAUAUCGUAUACACACACAAAAGUGCAUUUGUGCUGUAAUGCAAGUGAGACAAUGGUGUGUCAUAUUUCUUUGUUUAUCUUAGUGAAGUAAUUCUUUAAACCAGGUUUAAGCAUAAUUGCAGUAACACACAUUUGUAGGGGGCUUUUGAUUUUAGAGGAAUUUUGAAAAUACCAGAAUAAUCAAAUUAUUAAGUGGAGCAUGUGAAGCUGGUGGUAGCAGCCAUGGGCAUAGACAUGAAGCUGCACUAUUGUCUGUUUUACAGUUGGACUGUUGUCAUACAGCAAUAGUCCCAAUUAUUUUGUACAUGUUGACUUAGACACUGUUGUAAACUGUGAACAUUUAUUUUACACUAGACAUUAUAAAAGAAUGUUGCUUUAAUUUAAUGUGGUGGUAAUGUAAAUAGUCACAGCAUUUCACACUUCUUCUGUAUUCUUUAUGGUUUGGCAUUUCUGUAUAGUGUCUGUUAUUACUCAUUUACAAAAUACUACAAUAUACUUAAUUUUUGUUUGGUAUUUAGUUUAAAAGUUUGCAAUGCUUAUUUUUAAUCAAGCAAAAUGAAAUGUCUCACAGAAUGGAUUGUAGGUAGAAAAUCACUUCAAACAUUUGUUCUUGGUGAGCAAACAAUUGGGUUAUUUAGAUACUGAAUUGAAUGGUGUGUGACUUUGAAUUAUCUGGACUGUAACAUGACAUAGCAUAAUUGUUUGUGGUGCCAUCCUCGCACCAUAAUCUUAACAUUUCGAUGCAGAAGGUGUGGUGCAGAUGAUAAGGUCAGUAGUAUGUGACUUUCUUCUUUCUUUUCAGACAUGAGUUGGAGCUCUCUGUAAGUAUUGUUAAUAUGAGUAAUUUCCUCUAGAAGAAUUCAUUGUUGGGUUGCAUAAUGUCAAGAGGUUUUCAGUUUUUAAUGAAAGCACUUUA